AAUGUUCAUCACAUGAUCUAAAUGUUAUUUACGCAUGCGCACGAGAAUUUCAGCGUGUAUUUAUCCCACGUAUUCAACAAUACUUCGGCAGUGUGUUUGCGGUGCACCAUUCGUGAUUAUGUGAUCAUUUUGCAUGCUCACAUUCAAUAAUAUAGAACGUUCCCUAUUUCACCUAGUUAUGAAAUUCUCAAAGAUCCAUGAAAAUCUUCUGUAAGGGAUGUUGCGUCAUGUAAGUCGAUGACAUGACGAGUAAACAAAUAAAUUAACGAUCGUAAGACGACCGGUUUUCGCGUUCAAUUUGUCUCGCUGUUUCAUGUUUGUUUCACGACGACAUUAGACUGCGACGAUACACUUUGCCGCAUCCAGACAUCUACGCUGCUGAGAAUUUGAUAGUAUUUUUGUUACGACUGCUUGGUUUCGUCUCGAGACUUAGUUAUGAUUUCAUGAAACAUAUAAAUGACCACACGAUUUUGACGUAACAUUUACAGUGCAUUGUGAGACGCAGUGUGAGAAGAUUUUCAGCUUAAAGAUUCUGACAUCACUCUGAGCUAUUCGCCCCCAUUGAUUGUGAGACAGAUAAGAAGCAUACAUCUUCAUCAUGAGCGAAUCUGAUGACUCCGAUAUCCUGGCAGAUAUUAAGGCUCUAGAUGAAGCAUUAGCUUUGUCUGUGAAAAAUAAAUCUCAAGAACAUAUUAGCAACAGUCGUCCACAAUCCAGCAAUGUCUCGUCAAUAGGUCUUGAUUCUGAUGAUGACAACGAUAACUAUAUCAACUAUCUUGAAACGAAUCGAGUUAUUGACAAAUCUCUAAAUGCUUAUGAGAUUAACACCAGAUUGAUCACAGGCUUGACGAUAGCUAAGAAAAAGUUGUCUACUCUACUAGAAGAGUGUGAGCAGAAAAUAAAGCUAUUAGAUGAGAAGAUGAUGAAGUCUAUGGAACGGAACUUAAGUUCCAAAUUGACAAUAAGUAAUGCUGGCAUGCCAUAUUUUAAAGAUAAGAAUUACUUCAGUGCUCCCAAGAACUAUGAUACUUUGAUGAAGGAAGCACGCGGUGAAUUGUUCGUUGUAUCUCUGAAAAAGCCAAGUCGUUGGUCAAGUAAAGAUAGAUUGAUACUUUUAAACGCGAUAAAGGAUGAAACAUAUGCAUCGACAAUGCCUGACGAAUCCAGCCAAAAAGUCGAGGAGUCUACAUCUGACGGUACAAUUAAAAAAUUGAUGCUUCCUUUAGAUUUUAACAAAAUGGUAGGUGCGUUGGGUGAAAGAGAGUUUGAUUGGCAUAAGAUUUCCGCUAUGGAUUUUGGUAAUAGACAUUCGCCGAACGAAUGCCGAGCAAUGUGGAACGUUUAUCUGCAUCCUACUUUUAGAAAAACUGAAUGGACAAGCACAGAGGAUAAAAAACUACUAAGGUACGCGAAAGAAUACAAGUAUCAAGAUUGGGACACUAUAACGCAGAAAUUAGGGACAAAUCGUAGCGCCUAUCAAUGUUUCAUUAGGUUUAACACUAUUAAGAAAGUGCCAUCGGCUGGGCGUUCUUGGACCAAGCAGGAGGACAGACAUCUCUUGAAAAUUAUAAACGGAGUCAAGAUUGGAGAUUACAUUCCUUGGACCGAAGUAGCCAAUCAUAUGCGGCACAGAACUAAACAGCAGAUUUACACGCGGUGGAUGUACAGGAUGGCGCCUCAUUUGAGGAAAGGUAGAUUCACUUAUUUGGAAACGUCGGCUCUUCUGAAAGCCGUACAAAAAUACGGCACAAAUUUCGUUAAAAUUUCAAACACUGUAAUGCCAAAUCGAAGUUCGAUACAACUCCACCAACACUACGACACGAUAAUGGAAAACAAAAGUGGUUUUAAUUUUUGGACUAUCAACGAUGAUAUGAUGUUAAUUAAUCUGCAUAAGAAGCACAGCAAUAAUUGGUCUAAAAUAGCUACGUAUUUUCGCAACAAAUCAAGAACGCAAGUGAGACAUCGAUAUACUGCAUUAUUAAAAUACAUAAUGAAAGGUAUCAGUAUUCAAAAUAUACCUAGACCACCUAUAAUUAACCAUCCAAAUUCUUUAGCAACCUUUAAAAAACAAUCCGAUAAUGCAUCAAAGAAUACUAAUAAAACUGAAUCAGAGAAAAAGCUCAAGCAUCGCGUUAUAGGUAAAUAUGAUAUUCAAUUAAGACUGUAUGAAACUCUUUGUUUUCCACCUACGAUGAAACGUAAUGAUCCUCACGAAAAACUUUACAAUUUUGAAGAGCUUUUGCAUGAGACCAAAAAAUUAUACAAUGUAUUGAAUGUGUUAAAAGCCAAUCUCGAUAUUCCUGGCGAUUUUCUGAAUUACAUACAGUUGAAUAAUAGAGAGAAACAACUUUUAAUUUCUCUAAAAGAAUAUAUAAACGUGAAGAAAAACAAAAUACAGGAUAAUGAAUUCAUAGAAAAGUUUAGAACGCGUAUGUUUGGUUACUCAUCGAAAGAUAGUGAAAGUGAGUACUUUAUACCACCACUUCCGUUCGAUGGAUAUGUAAGGACAAAAAGAACGAUCAACCAAAAGAACAAAUCUAUAGAUUGUGAUUUACAUGUUAAUGAAAAAUUCCUCGUUGAUAUACCUGCAUAUUUCCCUGAAAUUCCCGGUGUGUCUCUUCUCGUUAGUAGUGAAGAGAAUAUUCAGUUUCACAAACUCGGUCAGUUCUUAAUAAGCGAUUAUCAUAAUUACAAUCAACAAAAUAUAGAUUUGUAUAAUUCAAUAAAAUGCACGUUGUCUUUUGAUAAAGGGAAUAAUGCAAACAAAACUUCAUUAGGAUAUAACGAAGUGAGUGCAAAUUCAAAAAUAAAAAAUAUCAUAGAAGAUUACGAACACGCGAAUCGAUCAAAGGAGACUAUCUCUACUCUCUCUAUUGAAGAGUAUAAGGAAAUGGAUAUAACGAAGAAUAUAAUUCUGCCAAAUCAAGCAACUUUGUUAGGUUUGAAGAAUUUGUUCCUUUGGAAAUUACUAUAUGAACAUCAAAAUAAAUCUGAUCAUUAUGAAACGUUGGCGCCAAGUGAAAAAAAGCGAAAACGAACGACGACGAUGACGACGACAGACCAUCAUCAACCUAUACAAACAGAAAAUGCUGAAUAUCAGCUGCUGCGAACACGUUUGUUGCAAUUAUUUAAACUUCCCAUAGGUUUGUCGAACACUCUGUUACAAAUAAGCGGACCAGAAACAAUAUUUUUGAAAGAGGAAGCAAACAACCAAAACACUACGUUAAUUCCUUGCAGUGUGAUCUCACGGAAAACAAAAUCUCAAGAUAUGCCUAUGCAACUAUAUAAAAAAGUAUGUUUAAGUAGCUUGAACGUUCCUGUUGAUAACAAUUUUCGCAUAUCCGAUGAUAAAGCGGAAAAUCACCCUGUAAUACGUAGCUGCAAAGUAAUUAAUAAAAAGUAUAAAGUUGUUCCACAAUAACGCUUAAUCCUCAAUUUCAUCAAUCAAUUAUGGAAAUAUUUAGGAAGUACUAAAGUUUUAUUCACCUGCAAAUAUGAUACAUUUUUUUUUUAGUUCACAUUCCUGUUAUAUUAAAGUACGUAGAAAAAAAGACCAGCCUUUAUUUAUUACAAAUAUAAUCUUCUGAAAAUAAUUCAUAAUGUAUUACAUAACACACACACAUACACUGUGAUAAUUAGUGGUCUGGAGACUUUAGAAUGUACAUAUAUACGCGUACAAACACAUGUAUUUAGUAUAACUGUAAGUAGAAUAUAAAAUUUUACGUUUAUAGAUUUUAGGAAGGCCAUAAGAACGGCUGCUAAUAUUAUGUAAUUUUAUCGAAACCUAUUUACAAUCUACGUAAUUAAUGUCAAAAAAUUUGUAAUAUUUGUAAAAGACGUUAGAAAAAAUGCAGUAAUAAUGAUUUAUAUAAAAAAAUAUGUCUACACUGAAGUAUAUCUCUCUUCUUUUUUUUAACUCUUUUACAACAAUGGAUAUAUUUUCUUCUGACCCAUUAUAAAUACUUAAUAAUAAUGUUCUUAAAAUCAGUGAAACUAAUACUAAUGAGCGAUGCAGUAAAAAGAUAAAAU